GCCCUCCUGCAUACCAUUCGAGGGAGUUAACAUCUCGCCAUUCACGGUGCCCGCUGGUUUUUUCCAGUUUUUUCGAGGAUUGUCUGCUUUUGAGCCUGCUUGCCCUGGGAAAUAUGUAAGUCAUUCCUGGACAUGGGCGGUGACUUGGUCGAUUGGUUGCAUUUUUUCCAAUUUAAUGCGAAGUUUUACGGUUACAGCGCCACAGCCACCAUGGUGCAUUCUGCGGGCGUGUUAGUCGUAACAUUUGCGCCGUCUUCUUCACGGUAAAUGUUAAGGGAUCCUGUGAUGUUAUUCCAAAAUUAGCAGGUUAUGUGUGCUGGCGUCAAGGUCCAAAUUUGCAGAAAUGUUGAAAAAAAUACCUGAAUAUUACUCAAUUGGGGAAAAUCUUAAUAAAAAAAAAUGUCACCCUCUGCUGCAAAACAUGGCAGGAACCUCCUUAAGAUGUCUUGAUACUCAGUGGGGCUUUUUUGUACAAAUUAAUAAAUAACAAUAUCAUUAAAAGUCACAGUAUUUGUCUGUUGUCUAAUAAUUCACCAUUCCAGACAAUGCAUUUACAUGUAGUUCUCCUUUACUUCAGAUAUUGAGAGAUGUUUCCAUGAUAUGCCCCGGUGUUUUUUUUUUUUGCAUUUAAGUGGCUACUCUACUCACAGGUACGAUCACUGGAAGGGUUAACUGUGAAAGAGUCGCUGUGAAGAGGCCUGAUCGCUGAGCAAUGAAAAGGUCUUUUAAACAGACAAUGGGAAGAGUGGUCAUUUUGAUGAAAAACUGGCUUAUCCAGCGAUGGACCGGCCCAGAGAUGUGUUUGCAAGGCUAAGCGAUAGACACGCAUUACGAUGUUUCUUGGAAUGAUUUUUUAGUACAUCAAUCAUAUCGUUCUUUCUCUCCCAGCGAUUCAACAGCUGUGCAGUUCCGAAUCUGCCUUCUCUUGCCACGAAAACACCAUUGAGAAUACCUUGAGAGCGGAACCGCAAACAAGGCUGCACGGAUUGGAGCACCGUGAAGGGGGCAUGAGACAUCAGCACAGCGUGGACUCGCACGAGAAGGCAGAGCUGUCCCAGGCGAAGGAGGCCGCUCACCCAUUACAGAGAGAACCGAACCACGAUUGUGGACAAGCAACACGUCCCGAAGACCUGGGGAAGUGUCGCGUCACUGCUGAUGACGUGCUGCAGGUGGAAGCUGGCCAACACAGCUGCAUCCACUUCACGUGGAUGGACUUGCAGCACAACGCGAUGGUCCUCAAACGCGGCCUGCGGGACGGGCGACUACAUCCUCGCGUGUGCGAGGUGAUUGUGAAUGCAAUGGAGCAGUACACCAUGCUACAGAGAGAGAGGCUGGCCUGCCUGGUUUACAAGUACCGUGUCCAAGUCCAAAACAAGCGUAUGGAACAGAAUCUGAUAUCAUCGGGAGAGACAAGUUUAAUUGUCUCGAGGGUCCGAAACAACUUGUAUAACCACCGCAUGGAGUGGACCUCGACUUGGAGCCGGAGGCUGAGGGUUCUUGGGGCGGAGCGGCGGCGAAACGCCAGCUUCCUAACGGGGUGCUUGAGUGUUGUCGAGACGCAUUCCGGCCUCUUCUUGCGGAAGCCUCUCCUUUCCCGGCCAGACAGGUCACUACGUUUCAAACCAGGAAAAGAAUACCAAACACAUCUGGUUUCGAGUACUCGUGCGCCUCUGAUGUGCCAGCAUAAUAAUAAACCUGCAACAGAUGGAUACGCAAGCAAGUCUAAUACUAAAGACGCGCAAAGGUCAAAAUCCAUCAACGUAACGGGCAGCUCUGCGUGCCAAGCCACGGACUCCACAAACUGGUGGCCAUCACGUGCUCCGGUGCCUCCUGUUUUUGCCGAUGACAAGGAACGUUCGGCCCCAACCACGUGCGGAAAUUUGCCAAGAAUCCAACAGAUGGACCGGUGCCGCGUUGCCAUUGGUCACCAAAAUGUCAGUUCCAGGUUGCCUGACAUCAACAAGCCUACGGAGAGAAGACCAAGAGUAUUGUCACACACCGUUUACCUAAGAUCUUACUUUCCUGUGAUGAGUUCUACUGCAGCCAGCAAUAAUACUCAGCAUUCAGAUGCACCCAGCAACAAAGAUCUCCCUUCCAUUCAAAUUCCUUCACCUGCUGUCAUGAAAACAUCUGAAUGAGGAUCGUGGUGCAGAAAAUGUGAAAAAACCUCUUGCCUUCAAUUGCAUUUGUCUUUGAGCGAUUGUACUUUUCUAUAAUGAAUAAAUACAUUUAGUCUGGCCCUUUUGCCAGUUCACGACUGGAUCAAGGCCUUUCUGCACCGUGUUGGUUACGGGGAUUGUUUGACCAUAUUUCACAUCGGUGAUCAGUGCGGAUUGGCCAAGGGGAAGCCCAAGCCUGAUUCCAGCGCGAUGUACCAUUUGCAAUACCACCCGUUUCACAAUUCUAAUAUGAAUUACGCAUCAAAUAAAUAAUGCACCCCUUUAUGAAUUCACUUGUUUGCCCAAACGUGACCAAAGCAAAUUUUAACGAAACACCGCAAGGCAAAACCUUAUUGACCCUGUUCCUAAAUCCCACAUCAUCACUGACUAACCCAUUUUGGAGUCAUCAUUAUGAGCGCCACAGCACUGAACGGACAAUAACCCAGGUUCUCCAGUAACAAAACAUUCACACUCCCAUCGGCUCCUGGAAAGACCAUUGGGAACAUGCAGGGUGCGAUCGCAGUCGCCUUCCAGGAAAAUCGAAGCCGUCACCAGUGCUCCGUGUUAUGAUUUGUUGGAGUACAAAUUGAAGGCUGACAUUCAUCAGAAACACAGCGUGUAAGAUUGAGAAAGGGGAGCACGCGACACGCUCUGCGCAUACGACGACGAUGGGAUUGAUGGUAAAGCUCGGAUGGGAUGUUCUGGGACAUCUCGCAAACAGCCCAGACCUAACCCCCUUUGGUAUUCCAUCUGGACGGGCCUCUGAAAGAAGCCUCUACAUCGAUGAUGGUUCACCUGCGAUGAGGCUGCGUAAGCAGUGCUGCAAUAAUGGCUUAGGGGCCAACCAGAAAUCUUCCGUGAUGCUUGGUUUAGGAAGCUUAUGGAUGGCCGGGACAACUGUGUUUUAGUAGCGGGUGACUAUUUAGAGAAAUAUUUUGUCGUUUAAUGUGGACAAAUGUUUUCUCAAAUGACUCUUAACAUGUUUCUUUACUUCAUGGAAUACCCUUGUAUAUAUUUAUUUAACACGGUUGCUUAGCACAGGGGCCAAAGACUGAAAGUGCCAAGCAGCCAGUAGCAGAAGGGUUAAAUGUAUAACAGAUUCAUUUCUUAAAUUAUGCAAACGAGCAAGCUUAUGAUAACUUUUCGUCAGAUGUGCUUCGUGUGAACACGCAUUUCUAACUGUUUAAUGCAAACAAGAUGAGCAUGUUAAAACUGCAGCGCUGGAUAUCAGCUGUCACAACUGCAGUCUUUUGUAUUGAGGCCAAAUUAAUUUGCUACAUUUAAGAGCAAACGAGACAACUGCUAGAAUGUAUAGUAGACGGACAUACAGUGAGGGAAAAAAGUAUAUGAUCCCCUGCUGAUUUUGUAUGUUUGCCCACUGAUAAAGAAAUGAUCAGUCUAUAAUUUUAAUGGUAGGUUUAUUUGAAC